CGGGCCGGGAGGAGCCAGCGGGGCGCCGGCGGCCGCGUUGGCGCAAGUCGGUGGCUCUGUGGGUUGACUGCGCCCAUGGCGCUCAGCAAAGGGCUGCGGCUGCUGGCGCGGCUGGACGCGGCGGGUGGACCGAGUGUCCUGCUGGAGGCGCGUGGCCGCGGGGACUGUCUGCUCUUCGAGGCCGGCGCGGUGGCCACGCUGGCCCCCGAAGAGAAGGACGUGAUCAGGGGCCAAUAUGAGAAGCUCACGGAUGCCUAUGGAUGCCUGGGAGAGCUCAGGCUUAAGUCAGGAGGCGUGCCACUGAGCUUCCUGGUGCUGGUGACAGGCUGCACAGCAGUGGGCCGAGUGCCCGACGCCGAGAUCUACAGGAUCACAGCCACAGACUUCCUCCCGCUGCAGACAGAUGCCCGGGAAGAUGAGCGCCUGGUGGCCCUGAGGAAGAUCCUCAACUCCGGCGUCUUCUACUUCGCGUGGCCUAGCGAGGGCUCAUGCUUCGACCUCACAGUGCGGGCCCAGAAGCAGGGGGAUGACUCGGACGACUGGGGCAACUCUUUCUUUUGGAAUCAGCAGCUGCAUGUGCCACUGAGGCAGCACCAGGUGAGCUGCGGUGACUGGCUGCUGAAGGUAGUGUGCGGGGUGGUGGCCAUCCGAACGGUGUACGCUGCGCACAAGCAAGCCAAGGCCUGCCUCAUCUCCCGCAUCAGCUGUGAGCGCGCUGGCGCCCGUUUCCAUACCCGUGGUGUCAACGAUGAUGGCCAUGUGUCCAACUUUGUGGAGACUGAGCAGACCAUUUACAUGGAUGAUGGGGUGUCGUCUUUUGUCCAGAUCCGAGGCUCUGUUCCACUGUUUUGGGAGCAGCCAGGACUCCAGGUUGGUUCCCAUCAUCUGAGACUCAACCGCGGCUUGGAAGCCAACGCCCCUGCUUUUGACAGGCACAUGGUACUUCUGAAGGAGCAGUAUGGGAAGCAAGUGGUCGUGAACCUGCUAGGGAGCAGAGGCGGUGAAGAGGUCCUCAACAGAGCCUUCAAGAAGCUGCUCUGGGCUUCCUGCCACUGUGGUGACACGCCUAUGAUCAACUUUGACCUGCACCAGUUCGCCAAAGGCGGGAAGCUCGAGAAGCUGGAGAACCUGCUGCGGCCCCAGCUCCAGCUGCACUACCAGGACUUUGGCGUAUUUGCCCAGGGUGCGCAUGUGAGCCCGUGUUUUCAAAAGGGCACCCUGCGUGUCAACUGCCUCGACUGCCUGGACCGGACCAACACGGUGCAGAGCUUCAUUGCCCUCGAGGUUCUGCACCUGCAGCUAGAGAGCCUGGGACUGAAUUCAAAGCCCAUUGCAGAACGCUUUGUGGAGUCCUUCAGAGCCAUGUGGUCCCUGAACGGGCACAGCUUGAGCAAGAUGUUCACGGGCAGCCGGGCCCUGGAGGGGAAGGCCAAGGUGGGCAAGCUGAAGGACGGGGCCCGCUCUAUGUCACGCACCAUCCAAUCCAACUUCUUCGACGGGGUGAAGCAGGAAGCCAUCAAGCUGCUGCUGGUGGGGGACGUGUGCCCAGAGGAUGCAGCCGACAAGGGCAGGAUGCUUCUGGACAAUGCGGCGCUGCUGGUGACCCCCCGCAUCCUGAAGGCCAUGUCGGAGCGCCAGGCGGAGUUCACCCAUUGCAGGCGUGUACGUGUGGCCAUGGGCACAUGGAAUGUGAAUGGUGGGAAGCAGUUCCGGAGCAACCUGCUGGGCACGGCUGAGCUAGCCGAAUGGCUGCUGGAUGUGCCUGUGCUGGAGGGGGGGCCCGAGUCUCAGGAUGAUGACAGCCCUGCUGACAUAUUUGCAGUGGGCUUCGAGGAAAUGGUGGAGCUGAGUGCGGGAAAUAUUGUCAACGCCAGCACCACCAACCGGAAGAUGUGGGGCGAGCAGCUCCAGAAAGCCAUUUCCCGAGCUCAUAGAUACAUUCUCCUGACCUCAGCACAGCUGGUGGGCGUCUGUCUUUACAUCUUUGUUCGGCCCUACCACGUGCCUUUCAUCAGGGAGGUGGCGAUCGACACAGUGAAGACGGGCAUGGGCGGAAAGGCUGGUAACAAGGGUGCCGUGGGCAUCCGCUUCCAGUUCCACUGCACCAGCUUCUGUUUCAUCUGUAGCCACCUGACGGCCGGCCAGUCCCAGGUGAAGGAACGCAACGAGGACUACCGAGAGAUCACGCAGAAGCUCAGCUUCCCCAUGGGGAGAAAUAUUUUUUCUCACGAUUACGUGUUCUGGUGUGGCGACUUCAACUACCGCAUUGACCUCACUUACGAAGAAGUCUUCUAUUUUGUUAAGCGCCAAGACUGGAAGAAACUUCUGGAAUUUGAUCAGCUGAAGAUACAGAAAGCAACGGGAAAAAUUUUUAGAGACUUUCACGAAGGCGCCAUUAACUUUGGCCCCACCUACAAGUAUGAUGUGGGCUCGGCCGCCUAUGACACAAGUGACAAGUGCCGCACCCCAGCAUGGACCGACAGGGUGCUGUGGUGGAGGAAGAGGCGCCCUUUUGACAAAACUGCUGAGGAACUCAAUCUUCUGGACAACGACUUAGAUGCAGACCCCAGAGCCAAGCACACCUGGUCCCCCGGCAUCCUCAAGUACUACGGCCGUGCUGAGCUCCAGGCAUCUGACCACAGACCCGUGCUGGCCGUCGUGGAGGUGGAAGUGCAAGAGCUGGACGAGAGUGCUCGGGACCGGGUGCUCCAGGAAGUGUCAUCUUUCCAGGGUCCCCUAGAUGCCACUGUGGUGGUCGACCUGCAGUCCCCGAGCUCAGAAGAGAAGGACGAUUUCCCGGAGGACGUGCGUGAUGAGCUCAUGGAGGCCCUGGGCAACCACGGGACCAUCAUCCUGGUCAGGAUCAACCAAGGCCGCAUGCUGGUGACAUUUGCUGACAGUCACUCAGCUCUCAGUGCCCUGGAUGUGGAUGGGAUGAAGGUGAAGGGCCGAGCCGUGAAGAUCCGCCCGAAGACCAAAGACUGGCUGCGGGGCUGGCGGACUGAGGCGCUGCGGAGGCGAGAGAGUGCAGGCUCGGCCUCACCCACUGCCAACUCACGCCUGCUGGAGGAGAGCUUCGACUUCUCUAGCCUGGACUAUGAGUCAGAGGGGGACAUUCUCGAGGACGAUGAGGACUAUUUGGGGGACGAACCUGGCCUUCCUGCAGCCCUGGAUGGUGAGCUGGGCAGGGACGAGCUCACCCAGGUGCCUGGCUGUUCGGCCCCUGUGGUUGGCUGGUCUCCAACGCUGACCCGAAAGCAGCAGCAGCAGCAGCAGCCAACGUACAAAGAUGACGCAGACCUGGCAGAGCUAAAGCGGGAGCUGGAAGCUGUGGGGGACUCCCGCCACCGUUCUCCGAGCAGGUCUCUGUCGGUCCCCAGUAGGCCCCGGCCACUGCACCCACCGCAGAGACCCCCCCCUCCAACUGGCUUGGUGGUGAAGAAGUCCACCUCAGACGUGUCCAUCUCAUCAGGCACCCAGGGGCAGUAUUCAAUCUUGCAGACAGCAAGGCUUCUGCCAGGAGCCCCUCAGCAAGCGCCCAAGGCCAGGACUGGCAUCAGCAAACCCUACAAUGUCAAACAAAUCAAAACCACCAACGCUGAGGAGGCAGAACUCGCCAUCCGAUGUCUGCUGGAGGCCAAAGCGGGUGCCCCAGGAGAAUCCCCAAAUGCCACAGUGCUGAAGGACCAGGGGGCCUUCAAAGCAGAGCCCCCUGCGGGGGUGGCCCCUGUACCACCCCGCCGGCCAGCGCCCAGGGUCCCUGCACUCAAGAGACCCGUGUUGAGGAGGACAGGGAAGCCCCAGUCACCGGAGGAACCCUUGGGACAACGGCCUGUCCAAUUCACAAUUGGGCCACCAGAGACCAGCCUUGAUACACCACCUCUGGCUCCUGUCCCUCCUAUCCCCAAACCAAGGACACUUCAGUCUGGGAGAGGGGUCGAGAGGAGACCAGACGGAGCUCCUCUGGUGGGCGGGCCCACCCUGCCUCUUCCUCUGGAAACCCUGUCCCUGGCACCGCAGGUGCCCCCCAGGAGGAAGAAGUCCGCACCAGCCGCCUUCCACCUUCAGGUUCUACAGAGCAGCCCCCAGCUCCUCGGGGCUCUCUCUUGCAGCAACCGUUCCCCUGUACAGCUACCUGAGGGGGGUACCCCGCUCCCAAACGCUGGUCCCAGCUCCUCUUCGGCCCUCAACUCCACAAUUAACAGCCCCCAGGAGAUGAUGCCAGGGGCAGCCUCUAUGCCCAGUCAUCACCAGGACCCCUUUUGGAGCCUUCUCCAGCACCCUCCCCUGGCCAACAGCAGCUCCUGGCUCUCCAAGAGCUCAGAUUCCCUGGACUUGGGGGGCCUCGCAAGGAACCCCACCAACGAGGAGCUGCCCCGAGAGCGCAGGCCAUCAGGUGUGGACACCCAAGACACUGUUGGAGACAAGAACCAGAGGAUGGUACUGCAGGCCUUCGACCCACUGGCCCAGACUUGACAGCCACAUCCCCCUGGGUCGGGCAUCCGUUUCCUGGGUCAAAGCCUGGGCCUCCAGCAUCCACAUGUGGCAGCCUGAUGGCACAUGGACAGGACAUUGGCACCACCACUGUGGGGGUCUGAGACGCUGUGUUGCUGCUCACUGAAAUGACCAUCCAGCCACUAGACCCAGUGCUGUGUUCAGCCUUGGGCAUUGAUAUAUCCCUCAGGCAGGACCCGUGGGGGUGUGGGUGGAUUGCAGGAAAGAGGAUCUGAGGUGAUCCUGAAGGCCCAUGAUCUGUUUCCUGUUGACUUAAGUUUUUUUGUUUGUUUGUUUGAGGGGGAGGGAAUGUUUAGGCCACACCCGCUGCACUCAGUGGUCAUUCCUGGCUCUGUACUCAGGAAGCACUCCUGCAGAGCUUGGUGAACUAUAUGGGAUGCUGGGGAAUGAAUCCAGGUUGGCCACGUGCAAGGCAAAUAAGUGCCCUCCCAGCAGUGCUCUCAAGCCAGCCCAUCCUGUUGACUUUAUUUUUUUUAUUUGUUUUGUUUUGGGGCCAUACCUGGCGACGCUCAGAAAUCACUCCUGACAGGCUCGGGGGACCGUAAGGAAUGCAGGGGAUUGAAAUGCCCUACUCACUCUCCUAUCGCUAGGGCCCUCCAGUUGUGUGUGUGUGUGUGUAUGUGUGAGUUGUGUUGUGUUGUGUUGCUGUUGCUUUUUGUGUCUAUUUGAGGACCCUCCUAGAAGUAGAGGUGGAGGAUCAGAAUUCUGCUCACAAGUGGUCAGGACCAACCAGAGCUAUCACUGGCCUACUGGUCCUUCCUGGGGGACACAGAGGUUAACCAAUGACUGUCCCCAUGAGGCCCUGCGUGGAUUAACCUAAUCCACAGUGAGUCGUGUGGGUAGAGUGUCAUA